AUGAUCACAUUCUCAAGGCUGCCUUACGAACUUCGCGUCCAAAUCUGGGAAUCGACCGUUGAGCCACGCGUGGUCAAUGUUACAGUCAAGUGCCGUCCUUUAAGGAAAUAUGAUCCAGACGAGGACCGCUCCAACUACCUGAAGUCUUCCAGAAGAGUUCCCGUUGUACUGCAUGAGUGCCGGCAGUUUUGGAAUCUCGAACUAUAUCAGAAGGGCUUCUCUGGGGUAGCCACGCUCAGACUUGGCUUAAAAUACGGCUGGUUGAACUGGGAUCUCGACACGAUUGACAUUGGCCCCGCGCCGUUCAAGUGGCUCAAGCUGAUUGCGCAUUUGUUCCAACGCCUCAUGUUUGUAGCCGACUUCUCGUGCGGCGGGUCCUGGCAUUUUGACUUUCACAACAUCCAGCUGUUUCGCGAUGUGAAAGAUAUUCACGUCCGUUGCACAGAGCCAAGCGGUCCGUGUGGGUGGUAA